UCCUCCUCUUCCUCAUCUGUCCUCCUCCUCCUCCUCAUCUCCCUCCUCCUCCUCUCCUCCCCCCUCCUCUCUGCCCCGGCUGUUCCUCCUCCUCCCUCCGCGGCGUCGGGCCGGGUCGUGUACCGGGCCUUCGACACCUCCCUCACCCACCUGACCGUCCACCGGAGGACAGGUGAGGUGUUCGUCGGCGCCGUCAACCGAGUGCUGAAGUUGUCGGCCAAUCUGACGGAGCUGAGGAGUCACAUGACCGGACCUGUGGAGGACAACGCCAAGUGCUACCCUCCGCCCAGCGUCAGGGCCUGCGCUCACCGACUGGAGUCCUCAGAUAAUGUGAACAAGCUCUUACUGGUGGAUUAUACUGGGAACAGACUGGUGGCCUGUGGUUCCAUCUGGCAGGGCGUCUGCCAGUUCCUCAGACUGGAGGAUCUCUUCAAACUGGGAGAACCACAUCACCGCAAGGAGCACUACCUGUCUGGAGCCAGAGAGGCUGAUGGGAUGGCAGGCGUCGUCGUCGGCGAGGACGACUGGACGGCCGACCCGAAGAGGAAGAAGCCGGUUAAAGGCAGCAGCCGGCUGUUCAUCGGCGCCGCCAUCGAUGGGAAGUCCGAGUAUUUCCCCACGCUGUCCAGCAGGAAGCUGGUGGCGGAUGAGGAGAGCGUCAACAUGUUCUCGCUGGUCUACCAGGACGAGUUCGUCUCCUCGCAGAUCAAGAUCCCGUCUGACACGCUGUCGCUGUACCCGGCCUUCGACAUCUACUACGUCUACGGCUUCUCCAGCCGCACAUACGUGUACUUCCUGACGCUGCAGCUGGACACGCAGCUGACCCAGAUGGACGCCGGCGGAGAGAAAUUCUUCACCUCCAAGAUCGUCCGGAUGUGCUCCAACGACACCGAGUUCUACUCGUACGUGGAGUUCCCUCUGGGCUGCACCAAAGACGGCGUUGAGUACCGGCUGGUCCAGGCCGCCUACAAGCAGAAACCGGGGCGGCGGCUGGCCCAGGCGCUCGGCCUGUCCGAGGACGACGACGUCCUGUUUGUUGUCUUCUCUCAGGGUCAGAAGAAUCGGUCCAACCCGCCCAGAGAGACGGUGCUGUGCCUGUUCACCCUCCACGACAUCAACCUGGCCAUGAGGGAGAGGAUCCGGUCCUGUUACCGUGGCGAGGGCCGCCUCUCGUUACCGUGGUUACUCAACAAGGAGCUGCCCUGCAUCCACACGCCGAAGCAGAUCGGAGACGAUUUCUGUGGUUUGGUUCUGAACCAGCCGCUCGGAGGCCUCCGGGUCAUCGAGGGGAACCCGCUGUACGAGGACCGGACCGAGGGGAUGGGCGCCGUGGCGGCCUACACCUACGGAGAGCACACGGUGGUGUUCGUAGGAACCCGCAGUGGACAGCUGAAGAAGAUCCGCGUGGACGGGAUCCCGCCGCCGGCCCAGAAUGCUUUGCUGUACGAGACGGUGACGGUGGUGGAGGGGAAGCCCAUCCUGAGGGACAUGGUGUUCAGCCCGGACCACCAGUACAUCUACCUGCUGAGCGACCGACAGGUAGGCACACCUGAGCCGGGCCUCGGGCAGGCGGUGGAGGACGGUGAUCCGUGCUCCAGACAGGAAGCGUGCGACAAGUGGGAGGAGCCUCAGCACUUCAACACCCGUCUGGACCAAUGCGUCGACAUCUCCGUCACCCCGAGCAACAUGUCCGUCACCUCCACGGCCACGCAGCUCACCAUCCGGGUCCAGAACGUCCCGGCGCUGUCCGGCGGCGUCUCCUGCGUCUUCGAGGAGCUCAGCGAGUCGCCCGGCGAGGUUCUGGCCAAAGGCCAGGUGAUGUGCAUGUCGCCGUCGCUCAGAGACCUGCCCGCUCAGACGCAGUCCUACGGGGAGAAGCGAGUCGUGCAGCUGAGCCUCCGAUCCACCGAAACCGGACAUCAGUUCAUCACCACCAGCCUCAUCUACUACAACUGCUCCGUGCUCAACUCGUGUACUUCCUGUGUGAGCAGCGUGUUUCCGUGUCAUUGGUGCAAAUAUCGACACGUUUGUACCAACAACCUGCAGGACUGCUCCUUCCAGGAGGGACGAGUGAGCGGCAUGGAGGGCUGUCCUCAGAUCCUCCCCACCUCCGACAUCCUGGUUCCGGCCGGGAUGGUCCGUCCGAUCACGCUGCGAGCCCGGAACCUGCCGCAGCCUCAGUCGGGUCAGAAGAACUACGAGUGCGUGUUCAGCAUCCAGGGAAAGGUCCAGAGGAUCCCGGCGGUCCGCUUCAACUCGUCCUGCAUCCAGUGUCAGAACACCUCGUACUGGUACGAAGGCGACGAGGCCGGAGAUCUUCCCGUCGACUUCUCCAUCGUCUGGGACGGAGAUUUCUUCAUCGACAAGCCGGCGUCGAUGAAAGCGCUGCUCUAUAAAUGCGAGGCUCAGCGAUCCAGCUGCGGUCAGUGUCUCAAGGCUCCGCCCACCUUUGAGUGCGGUUGGUGCACUGAGAGUCGUAGGUGUCUCCUGCGGCAGCACUGCCCCUCGCCGGAGCAGAACUGGAUGCAUCACGGCCGACACAACCUGCGCUGCAGCCACCCGCGCAUCACCAGGAUCGACCCUCUGACCGGACCUCGGGAGGGCGGGACUCGGGUCACCAUCGAGGGCGAGAACCUCGGUCUGCAGGUGAAGGAAAUCGCUCACGUCCAGGUGGCCGGCGUCCGCUGCAACCCCGUCCCGUCGCAGUACAUCAGCGCCGAGAGGAUCGUGUGCGACAUGGCUGAGGCCCUCCUCCCCCACUCGCCUGGCGGUCCGGUGGAGCUCUGCAUCGGCGUCUGCAGCGCCGAGUACCGGACGCUGUCCACCCAGACGUACUCAUUCGUGAGCCCCAGCUUCAGCCGUGUUCGCCCAGAGAAGGGGCCCGUUUCUGGGGGAACCAGACUGACGGUGACGGGUCGACACCUGGACGCCGGCAGCACCGUCACCGUCUACAUCGACAAGGAAGAGUGUCUGUUUGUCAAACGGACCAAUCGGGAGAUAGUCUGCAUCACCCCCGCCUCCCUGACAGGCUCUGGCCCCGCCCCCAUCCGUCUGAUGAUUGACAGGGCCGAGGUGACGAGCUCCGAGACCAAAUACAUCUACACCGAGGACCCGACCAUCACCAGCAUCGAGCCGAACUGGACCAUCCUCAACGGCAGCACAGUGAUCACAGUGACAGGAACCAACCUACUGACCAUCCAGGAGCCCAAAGUCAGAGCCAAAUACGGAGGCGUGGAAACUAACAACUUCUGCACCGUGGUCAACGACAGCACCAUGACCUGCCUGGCCCCCGGUCUGAUCUACAGCAAACCCAACCCACCAGAGGGGGCGCUGCGCCCCGACGAGUUCGGCUUCAUCUUCGACCAGGUUUCCUCCCUGCUGGUCCUGAACUCCACCCCCUUUGUUCACUACCCGAACCCCACCUUCGACCCUCUGGGGAGCUCUGGGAUCCUGGAGGUCAAACCGGGGUCGCCCAUCAUCCUCAAGGGAAAGAACUUGAUCCCGCCGGCUCCCGGCAACAACCGUCUGAACUACACCGUCCUGAUUGGAGAGUCGCCCUGCCUGCUGACUGUGUCAGAGAACCAGCUGCUCUGUGAUUCGCCAGAUCUCACCGGAGAGCAGCGAGUUCUGAUCCUGGUUGGUGGUCUGGAGUACUCACCGGGCACGCUCCACAUCUACUCUGACUCCGCCCUCACGCUGCCCGCCAUCAUCGGCAUCGGAGCGGGCGGCGGCGUGCUGCUCAUCGCCAUCAUCGCUGUGCUCAUCGCCUACAAGAGGAAAACCCGCGACGCCGACCGAACGCUCAAACGGCUGCAGCUGCAGAUGGACAACUUGGAGAGCCGGGUGGCGCUGGAGUGCAAAGAGGCGUUCGCUGAGCUUCAGACGGACAUCCAGGAGCUGACCAACGACAUGGACGGCGUGAAGAUUCCCUUCCUGGAGUAUCGGACGUACACCAUGAGGGUGAUGUUCCCAGGAAUCGAGGAGCAUCCCGUCCUGAAGGAGCUCGACUCUCCAGCGAACGUGGAAAAAGCUCUGCGACUCUUCAGCCAGCUGCUGAACAACAAGAUGUUUCUGCUGACCUUCAUCCACACACUGGAGGCCCAAAGGUCCUUCUCAAUGAGGGACCGCGGGAACGUAGCAUCGCUGCUGAUGGCCGCCCUGCAGGGUCGGAUGGAAUACGCCACCGUGGUGCUGAAGCAGCUGCUGGCCGACCUCAUCGAGAAGAACCUGGAGAACCGGAACCAUCCCAAACUGCUGCUGAGGAGGACGGAGUCUGUUGCUGAGAAGAUGCUGACCAACUGGUUCACCUUCCUGCUGCAUCGAUUCCUCAAGACGCUGAUGUGCAUCCCCCCGGAGGGCGAGGCCGGGACCGAGGUUCCGGUCAAGGUGCUGAACUGCGACACGGUGACGCAGGUCAAAGACAAACUGCUGGACGCCGUCUACAAAGGAAUCCCGUUUUCACAGAGACCUCAGGCCGACGACAUGGACCUCGAGUGGCGUCAGGGUCGACUGACCAGAAUCAUCCUGCAGGACGAAGACGUGACGACGAAGAUCGAGAGCGACUGGAAGCGGCUGAACACGCUGGCACAUUACCAGGUAACGGACGGGUCGCUGGUGGCGCUGGUCCAGAAGCAGGUCUCUGCCUACAACAUCGCCAACUCCUUCACCUUCACCAGAUCGCUGAGCAGAUACGAGUCUCUACUGCGGACGUCCAGCAGCCCAGACAGCCUGAGAUCCAGAGCGCCCAUGAUCACGCCCGACCAGGAGACAGGAACCAAACUGUGGCAUCUGGUGAAGAAUCACGAGCACAGCGACCAGCGAGAAGGAGACCGAGGCAGCAAGAUGGUUUCUGAAAUCUACCUGACCCGCCUGCUGGCGACCAAGGGGACACUGCAGAAGUUUGUGGACGACCUGUUCGAGACGGUGUUUAGCACCGCCCAUCGAGGCUCUGCGCUCCCAUUGGCUAUCAAAUACAUGUUCGACUUCCUGGACGAGCAAGCCGAUAAGCGGCAGAUCAGCGACCCGGACGUCCGACACACCUGGAAGAGCAACUGCCUCCCUCUCAGGUUCUGGGUGAACGUCAUCAAGAAUCCUCAGUUCGUGUUCGACAUCCACAAGAGCAGCAUCACUGACGCCUGUCUGUCGGUCGUCGCUCAGACCUUCAUGGACUCCUGUUCGACGUCCGAACAUCGGCUCGGCAAAGACUCACCGUCCAACAAGCUGCUCUAUGCUAAAGACAUCCCCAACUACAAGAGCUGGGUGGAGAGGUACUACAGGGAUAUUGCAAAGAUGCCCAGCAUCAGCGAUCAGGACAUGGACGCCUACCUGGUGGAGCAGUCCCGUCUCCACGGCAAUGAGUUCAACACACUGAGCGCGCUCAGUGAGCUCUACUUCUACAUCAACAAGUACAAGGAAGAGAUCCUGACGGCGUUGGACCGGGAUGGUUACUGUCGCAAACACAAACUGAGGCACAAACUGGAGCAAGCCAUCAACCUGAUGUCUGGGAGCAGCUGA